GAUUCUGAUUAACGGACCUCUGGACUUUCUGCAAUUUAUUCCAUUUAUUUCACGCUGAUAAACACAAACUAAUAGGUUGCGGCGUUCUCAUAUUGUCGUCUUUGAUAGAUCUAGGGUUCGUACUCUUAAGCUGUGAUUAAGUCAUCAAACUCCAAUGGAGGUUGUUAGAGGUUCUCCGUCUCAGUUAUUCGUCUGGAAUCACUGCGUCGGUCUCUUUUGUAAUGUUUCGUUCCUGAUUCAUCUCCUCUGUUACGUUACGGUAUUAAGUGUUCAUCUCCAUUACUAGCGCUCUUUACUCUUAAGACCUACGCCUCACGAUUCCUCAUUCAGUACUUCUCAUCUCCCUUACAGACGGUGAAACUCGACCUAUAAAAUGCGUUAGAAGAAAGAACAAGCGCUCUUCGGUGGCGUGUUUUCAGUUUGAAUUUCUCGACAUUUUUGGUUUAACACAGUCAGAAAAUCAAAGCUAACUAAGAGAAUAUAUCCUCAAUUAAUUAGAAACUCAUAUCAUAUGUGGUUUAUAAUGGUUUGUCAUCAUAAUCGUGAUUGAUACACACUCUAAUGCGGAAGCUACUAAGAAAUUUUGGAUAUGGUAAGCAGUCAACAUGACAAUCGAUGCUCACCUCUGUUUCUUUAAAUAAGCAAGCUUUUCCUUAAAAAGCAAUUUGCCAAAGCACACAACACAAAAAAAAAAUUCAUUAACUGGAAGUCUGGAACCAGUGAGUUUGGCUUUACAAGGAACAAUGUUCAAACAAUGCUUAUUCAUACAAUGUUUCUGUAAUGACCCACUACUCCCACCACCUCCACUAUCUCCACCAUCCACACCAUCUCCACCAUCCCCAACUUCUUUAAAGAGAAAGAGAGAGAGAGAGAAAGAGAGAGAGAAAGAGAGAGAAAGCUCACCUGAGCUCGUCGCUGGAGCAACCGUGUGCCGUGAUCACGUUGAGCUCGUCACCACCGUUCGCUGCAGCUUAGAAUCGCCGGAAACCGCCAUACAGUUCUUAGUUUCGUCCGUUUAGUAAUUCGCCGAUAACUCUCUAACCGUUGCGAAUCUCGUGCAUCCAAGACCAUCAUCGUGUUCCUCUCGUCAAGACGAAGCCGUAGACACCAACCGCGUCGCGAUCGGAGCCUGGACGAAGCCGUACGCGCCCCCCGAAGAUUCGCCUCUGCGCGCGCGUGAGUUCCACGCGCCGCCGCCGGACCACCGUCCUCCGCCGCAGCGCCACCGCCGGACCAACGUUCUUCGCCGCAACUCCGCCGUCGCCGCCGGCCAACUUUCCGGUAAGCCACCGCCGGAUCUCCGUCGUCGCCGCCGGUGACCGACACCGGUGACUCGCCGGCGACUCGCCAACUCGGCCGAAUCGACCCGGUGAGUCAACUCGGUUGACUCGGUUAACCGGUUGGUUAGCCGGUUUGAAUUGAUUUCAAUUCGGUUAGGCUAAACCGGUCGGUUUAAAUCAAUUGGAAAUCGGUUAGGAUAAACCGGAUUAAUUAAUUAAAUAAUUAAUUAAUUAAUUAAUUAAUUAAUUAAUUAAAUAAUUAAUCUUUGACCAGCGGGUUGACUUUUCCGUAAAUACCCGUUUUAAACCGUUCGAAAGGCGUUCUGACUCGAAAUUUCGAUCUGAUUUCAGAUUUGGAGUCCAUUUGAGCAGCUAGAGUUCAUAUAUACCACUUCUCUUCAUUGCUAAGGUGAGACCGAUGAGCAGGAGUGAUUUUUCGGACCGGUGCUAUUGGGCUUUUGGGCUUCUAUCGUUUUAUCGAUUUUAUCGUUAUCGGGCCUCUAGGCCUUUGGACUUUUAUCGUUAUGGUAUUUCGUAUUUUGGAUUCUUGGUUUAUGUCGUACCUUAUGUUUCGGAUUUUAUUUUAUAUUAUGGAAUUCAUGCGUGGAUGUGGACUUUCAAAUAUUUAUAUAUGGAUAUUUCAGAUAUUUGUAUUUAUCGAAGUAUUUUUACUAUUUCGAAAGUGAGGGGUGUCACAAUUUAGUAUCAGAGCGGGUUCCGUCCCGGCUCCGACCCGGGAUGGCGAUUUUUGGAGACCUGGUUUUAUUCGGUUUUGACGGUUUUAAACGAUUUCAAAAUAUUUUCGGGGAUUUGGGAAUUUAAAAAAAAAAAUAUAAAUAAAUAAAUAGCACCUUUCCGUUCGGUAUCACUCCUUUCUAAUCCAAUUGUUUUUUUUAUUGACUAUGAGUUACUCAUUGUCAUCCGCUCUCUAGCUAACAGGAUUUCGGCCAUAGGUUCGACAUAUAGAUGAUGAUGUCACAGUUGAACGGAUUGCUCAGGUGUGUAUCAGUUUCGUCAGCUUAUGACAUGAAUUCGGGGACGAAUUCCAUAUAAGUGGGGGAGAAUUGUAAUGACCCACUACUCCCACCACCUCCACUAUCCCCACUAUCUCCACCAUCUCCACCAUCCCCACCACUCCCACCAUCUCCACCAUCUCCACCAUCCCCAACUUCUUUAAAGAGAAAGAGAGAGAGAGAGAAAGAGAGAGAGAAAGAGAGAGAAAGCUCACCUGAGCUCGUCGCCGGAGCAACCGUGUGCCGUGAUCACGUUGAGCUCGUCACCACCGUUCGCUGCAGCUUAGAAUCGCCGGAAACCGCCAUACAGUUAAGCUUAGUUUCGUCCGUUUAGUAAUUCGCCGAUAACUCUCUAACCGUUGCGAAUCUCGUGCAUCCAAGACCAUCAUCGUGUUCCUCUCGUCAAGACGAAGCCGUAGACACCAACCGCGUCGCGAUCGGAGCCUGGACGAAGCCGUACGCGCCCCCCGAAGAUUCGCCUCUGCGCGCGCGUGAGUUCCACGCGCCGCCGCCGGACCACCGUUCUCCGCCCCAGCUCCGCCGUCGCCGUCGGCCAACUUUCCGAUUUGGAGUCCAUUUGAGCAGCUGGAGUUCAUAUAUACCACUUCUCUUCAUUGCUAAGGGAUAUUAUUCACUGCAUCAGAUGGAGGAUUUUAUUAAUCAGCAUGUGUUGGCUGAAGAACACCAGUCUAGAAAAAGUGAAAACUAUGAGAUGGUGUCACUUAAUGGAAGGAUGUAGGAAUAUCCAUCGAGAAACCAUGAACUCAAGUGGUUCUCCAACAAGGGAUGUCAUGAAAAUACCUUUUGAACUGAGGCUUACUCAUAUGUACUUUUUUAUUGUUUUGUCUUAUACAGUAUAUUAUCUCUAAAACAAAUCAAUGAAACAUUGUCAAGACAAUGUGUUUAUGGUGUCUGCUUACUUCCAAUAAAUCAUAUUAAAAUAUAAUAAAACAAUCAUAGAAAACCUUUGUAAAUCAAGGAAAUACAAGAAACUAGAAAAUAAUGGAGAUUGACAAGCCUUUUGUAAUUAACUGUUGCCUAAUUUUUCAUCAAGAACACAAUGAAAAACAUAUCAUGUCGGAGAUAUAGUAUUAUUCACAAACAAUGACUACCAAACAGGCAAAUAACUUGAAUAUUACUUGGAAAAUUGCAGGAGUACAAGACCAAUAACUACAUGUUUCAUGUUAUCCCAAUAACAUUGAAAACCGGUGGGACUCAUGCUACCAAUAUAAAAAAUGACUAAAUUCGUUUUCAUUGUUUGAGCAACGUAUGUAAUCGCAUGGUUUCCAUAUACCUUCUCUGAUUUCUUGAUAAAAUUCAAACAUUACUUUAAGUUCUUCUGAAUUACAAAUCCAUUUUUGAAGUACGUAGUGAAUAAAAGGUUAAUAGUAGUAAUUGUGGAAAAAUCCAAAAAAUAAUACAACUUCCUAUAUUUUAAAAAUGUGUUCAUCGGCACACAAAAUCCAUCCUACAACUUAAUAAAAAAACUGUCAUAACCAUAAUACAAACCUGAACAUAAACAAACAAACUAUAUAAAAUUCAUGUAAAAGAAAAAUCUGAUUACGAUCACCUUAAGUCAAACCAAAAUGAUUAUUAAAAAUAAUAGGAUCUCAGAAUUCUAUUCAUUUUUUAUUUGUUUGUAAUAUAGUUUUUAAUCUAUAAUGUGUUACAAAUGUUUCAUAAAAUCAAUAUAAAUUCAUAUAAAAUAGUUUUUAUUAUAAAUUUCCGCCUGUAGGGCGGAGCGACCCUAGUAUAUAUAUAUAGAUUUGUGGGUGUAUAAAAUCCCAGGUGAGUAUUUGAAUCUCUCUUUAUCUCUCGCUCUCGUCUGUGCUGAAAUGGUUUUACAGGAUAACGCCAUUUCUUAUGGCUCUGCAUUAGUUUUAUCGCUGCUCCUCCUCCUUCCUCUUCUUGCAAAGGGAUGUGAUAUGUUCACGGGUCAGUGGGUGAAGGAUGCUUCCUACCCUCUCUACGAUCCAUCCACGUGUCCAUUCAUAAGACGCAAGUUCGCUUGCAAGAAAAAUGGACGGCCGGAUCUCGACUACCCUACCUUCAGAUGGCAACCACAGGGAUGCAAAUUAGCAUGGUUCAAUGGAGUAGAUUUUUUGCAGAAAAAUAGAGGGAAGAAGAUAAUGUUUGUAGGUGAUUCUCUUAGCCUAAAUCAAUGGCAGUCUUUGACAUGUAUGCUCCACUCUUCUGUUCCCAAGUCUCCCUAUACUAUGACCACAGAAGGCACUACUAUCUCAACCUUCACAUUCCAGGAGUAUGGAGUUGAAAUAAAGUUUGAUAGGAAUCCGUAUUUGGUAGAUAUAGUGAGUGAGAAGAUUGGGAGCGUGAUGAAGCUUGAUUCGAUCAACGAUGGAAAGAAUUGGUUAGGAAUGGAUACACUGAUUUUCAACACUUGGCAUUGGUGGAGCCGUAAAUCAUGGGAUUGUAUUCAAAUAGGAAGUAACGUCACAAAAGACAUGGACCGCAUGGCGGCAUUCGAAAUUGCACUUGGAACUUGGGGCAAAUGGGUCGAUACCGUGGUAGAUACUAGGAAAACAAGAGUAUUUUUCCAAGGAAUUUCACCAUCUCAUUACAAUGGAUCUCUAUGGGGUGAACCAGCUGCACAUAGUUGCGCGGGACAGACGGAACCACUUUGGGGGACAAAUUAUCCAGGAGGAUUGCCACCAGAAGUUGGAGUUUUGAAGAGAGCACUUGGGAAAAUUACCAAACCGGUGACUUUGCUAGACAUUACUAUGCUUUCAUUGCUUCGGAAAGAUGGUCACCCUUCCAUUUACGGUAUAGGCGGCCGAACCGGCAAUGACUGCAGCCACUGGUGUCUCUCUGGCGUACCAGAUACUUGGAAUGAGAUUCUUUACAAUUAUAUGCUUUAGUAAGAAACAUUUAAAUAUAGGAAAACAACAUUAUAACAUAUUUGUUAUUGCGUUUGAUUCUACAUUUGAAUCUGAAUAAAAUAAAGGUCCGUUUCUAAUAGACUA